CACUACCACGAAAAAGUGCAUCAUCAAGGAAGAGGUAUAACUGCCAAUGAAUUGCGUUCCAAUGGAAUAUGGGUCAUGGGAUCCAGCAGCGCAGUUGCCUCACAGAUUUACAAGUGUACAACAUGCAGAAAGUACAGAAGAAACACACAAGAUCCAAAAAUGGCAGAUUUGCCAGAAGAAAGAAUGGAAAUGACAGCCCCUUUCACAUAUUGUGGCAUAGAUUGCUUCGGACCAUUCUAUGUGAAGGAAGCAAGAAAGGAACUGAAGAAGUAUGGUCUUCUUUUCACCUGUAUGUGUUCUAGAGCCAUACAUGUUGAAAUGCUUGAUGACCUUUCUACAGAUGCAUUUAUCAACGCCUUGCGUGCAUUCAUUGCAAUACGUGGACAUGUAAGACAGUUGAGAUGUGAUCAAGGCACUAACUUUGUGGGCGCAAGAAGAGAGUUCAUCAAUGCAAUGAAGGAUUUGGAUCACGAACAGUUGAAGGAACAUGGAUGUGAGUUCAUAAUGAACUUCCCAUCAUCGAGCCACAUGGGAGGUGUAUGGGAGAGACAGAUAAGGACGAUCAGAAGUGUUUUAACUGCAAUCCUUGACCAGUCUGCUAAACGCCUCGACAGCUCCUCGCUCAGAACCUUUCUGUAUGAAGUGAUGGCUAUUAUAAAUAGCAGACCUCUGACAACAGAGCAUUUAAAUGACCCAACAAGCCUUGAACCUCUUACGCCCAAUCACAUUCUCAUGAUGAAGUCUAACAUAAUAUUCCCACCUCCUGGUGAGUUUGUGAGUCAGGAUCUAUAUUUGCGCAAGAGAUGGCGUCAAGUGCAGUUUUUGGCAAACGAAUUUUGGACAAGGUGGAAGAAAGAGUAUCUCCUUAAUCUGCAACAAAGACAAAUAUGGCAAAAGGACAAGAGAGAUACACAGGUGAACGACAUUGUCAUUCUACAGGAGGACAGUUCUCCACGUAACCAAUGGAGACUGGCAAGAGUAACAGAGGUGUAUCCGAGCACUGACGGAAAGGUUCGAAAGGUGAAACUGUUAAUUAGUGACUCGACCUUAGACAGCCAGGGAAGACGCACUUCCAAGCCAGUCUACCUUGACAGGCCUGUGCAAAAGACGGUGUUACUGCUUGAAGCAGAAUGAAGGUUGUGGUUGCAAUUUCAUGUACAGUAUUUGGGUAACAGUAGGGUUCAUAGUAUACUGUGGGCUUGAAAUUGAAAUGUGAAAAUGUUUAAUUGUGAAGUGAAAUGACGAAUUGUCAUUUGGUGGGAGUUUAACUGCCAUAACUAUUAUUUAUAUCAUUAUUUGAUAUGUUUGGUUUAUAUAUUAAUUUAAUCUAUUAUUCAUGAAUAUUGAGUUGUGAAUGUUAGAAGUAGGAACUAAAGUUCAGUUUGCGUUGCACUGGGACACUUUAAUGUGCAACAGGUAAUUAACAGGAGGCGACACAUUUUUCCCUGAUGUGAGGAAAAGAAGUUUUCCCUGUGUCGAGAAGCAAAUGUUUUUAUUUUUUAUAUUUUGAACUGGAUAUUUUAAGUACUCAUUCCCUCUCGGUUAUAUGCGGCCAGCGAGUUCGACGGUGGAUUGUGAUGACGACGAAGCAAUAAAGCCAUCAGUAAUCAGAACCAUGGUGUCGUUAAUGUCCCGGAGG